AUUGAAAAAUUCGGAAAACUUUUAACGGAACGCUAUGAUACUCAGUUAAUUGUCAUCGAUGCGGAACUCCAUUUCGAAAUCACUUAUUCCACACCUUUUCGAAAAAACUUCGUCGCUAUACUAUAUCAUGAUCAACAUUUUGAUUGUGUAACCAAACCAUGGACGAUUCUGGGAUUUCGUGCACGGUGCCUUAUCUGUGGUAAUUUUUACCACGAUAAAAAGAGUCACAAAUGUUAUCGUCCCUGUUACUCUUGCAUGCAGCCCGACUGUCGAUUGAAUGAUUUUGUCAAAAGAGUUUGCAACGACUGCAAUCGCAACUUUCCAUCCGACGAAUGUUUUGAAAAGCAUAAAGAACGAAUUGCUUACAAAUCCAAGGAUCUUACCGUUUGUGAUGCCUGGAAGAAAUGCGCAGACUGCAACAGGUACAUAAAUCCGCCUGGCCGGAAGUACUCGGACCCACAUGUCUGCUAUGCGACGCUGUGCCUGAAUUGUAAAGAAUUUGUUCUUCCUAACCAUUUGUGCUAUAUUUUAAAUGGAGAAAAAGCGCAAAACAAGAAAGCAAAACCAAAGAAUCAAGCGGUUGCUGAAAGCGAAACUUUUGCUUCUGAAGAUGAUGCCGUGUCGGAUUUUCUGGACGAUGAUGCGGAAAGUGAAGCACGCAGCGAAGAGUUUUGCGAUGAUGUGGAUGAAGUCGUUAGUGAUGACGCGGAUGAUGAGUGCGAAGACUCCGAAUCCACUAUUUCCGAGACAAGUAAAAAACAGCAAGUCCGUUUUGAGAACAAAAAAUUUGUUUUGAUUUUGAAACAUGCCUGGACAACAGUCGAUAUCACCAGCCGAUGGUCGUGGCCAUGAUGUGCUUGGACGAUGAUUCGUUUGAGAUUUGUUUCAGUGGAUACGGAUGUGUUUCUGAGCUACUUGAAUGGAUUUUUAAAAACUGCCGAUCGUGCACCUUUUUGUCACACAACGGAAAGCGUUACGACAACUUUUUCAUCCUUAGUGGAUUAGAAAAGGAAGGCCACAUCGUCGAAAAAAUUCAAGAUGGCUCCAGUAUUACAAUGCUAAAAAUUCCCGGGCUGAAGUGCAAGUUCAUCGACACGCUGUCCUUCAUGCCACGUUCUCUUUCGGAGCUUCCAAAAGAUUUGGGAAUUGACGAUUUAGUUUUGAAAGGAUUUUUCCCUUACGCGUUCAACACGCCGGCAAACCAAAAUUAUCAUGGACCGUUGCCAGGAAAAGAAUAUUUUGACUGCCCGCGGAUGUCACGAAAGAAAUUUGAAGAAUUCGAGAAGUGGUAUGAUGAUGCCGUUAAUACCUUUGGGAGCAAUUACAACCUCCUGGAGGAAUGCAAGAAAUACUGCGUGAACGACGUUUUGGUUUUAAGAGAAUGUUGCCGGAUUACACGCAAAAACUUCAUGGAUAUGUUUCCUGGUAUCGAUCCAUUCGAUUCUGUAACAAAUCCGUCAGCAGUGCUUCUGGCUUUCCAAGUUCAUUAUUUGAAACCAAACACCAUCGGGAUUAUUCCUCCAGGUGGUUACGGCGGGCGACAAAAUCAAAGUUUCAAAGGAUUUCAGUGGUUGUCGCAUAUCGAAAGACAGUUGCAAGAGAAACAACCGGAGGAUUUCCUUCAGACUGCUCGUUCAGCUGCAGGUGAAAAGUUUUUGGACGACAAAAUAUGUGUUGAUGGAUUUUGGGAACCCACCGGAACAUGUUAUCAGUUCUACGGGUGCUUUUGGCACGGCUGCAAAAAAUGCUUCCCUGACCAACGGAAAAUGAACACGGUCAGAAUGCGUACUUUUGGCGAAUUGCGAGAGGAAACGCUAAGGAUUAAAAGAAAGAUUGAAAGCUAUGGCAGAUUUUUUGUGGGAAUCUGGGAAUGUGAGUACGACGAAUUGGUUAAAAAUGGAAAAAUCAUACCGCAAAAAGAAUUUCGACCGCCACUGAAUGUACGUGACCACUUGUUCGGCGGAAGGACUGAAAUUUUUGCCAUGUAUAAAGAAAUUCCACCACCGCUGAAAGGAAAAGCUUUCGAUUUCAUAUCCUUGUACCCGUCAAUAAUGGUGUACGGCAAGUAUCCAGUGGGUCAUCCUACGAUUCUUUACAAUAACUUCGGCGACCCGUUCGACUUAUCGGAAUAUUACGGCGUGAUUUAUUGCCGUGUACUUCCCCCUAAGAAUUUGUUUGUACCGACGUUGCCAAUGCGACUGAAAGAUGGAAGAACCGUCUACACGUUAUGCAGAACAUGUUCUGAAGAAGUUAAUAUUGCCAAACAGUGUGAGCACACAGAUGAAGAACGGGAACUUGAAGGUGCAUGGAUCACUCCUUUAAUGGAACAAGCUGUAUCGGACGGGUACAAAAUUGGCCACAUUUUUGAGAUCCACCAUUUCGAAGAAACGUCGCAAUUCAAUCCUGAAACCAAAAACGGAGGAAUUUUCGCUCAGUUUAUUCUUGACUUAAUCCGUGGCAAAAUCGUGAACAGCGGGUUUCCGGCGCACAUCGUGACGGAGGAAGAGAAAUGGGAUUACUGCCGCAACUAUGCCGAAAAGCUAGGAAUUGUUUUUGAACCUGACGAAGUGCAGCUAAAUCCAGGCGCAAAAUACUGUGCGAAAAUUUGGGUCAACGCUGUGUGGGGCAGGUUUGUUAUGAAAGCGCUGUACCAGCAACAUAAAUACUGCACUACUUAUAAGCAAAUGAAGGACAUCGUUUUCAAUACAUCGUUCGAAACAAAAGAUGUUCGGAUCGUGAAUAACGGCAAAGCGUUGGAUGUCACCUAUAUGGAAAAGAAAAACUGGGCUGCGCCAAACAAACGAUGCAAUCCGUACAUUGGUGUUUUCACUACUGGUUUGGCUCAACUGAAGCUGUUGCAGCAACUACGGCUAGUUGAGGAUCGUCUUCUUUAUUGCGACACGGACUCCGUUAUGUUUGUUAGUGAACCGGAAAAGCCAGAUCCACCUCUUGGAGAUCUGUUGGGCGAGUUCUCCGAUGAUCUGGGUGGUAAUUAUUUCGUCGAAUGGUUGGCACUGGCAAAGAAAACGUACUGCCAAAUGAUGUCUAACGGGGAGGAACGGAUCAAAUGCAAAGGUAUCCCGAAAACCGAAGCACUGAAAGAUCGUUUCCACGGAUCGGUACUACGGGACAUGUUAUUCAGCACUGGCCCAUCAACUGUCCAAGCAUGCGAUGACAUAACGUUCAAACGGAACACCACGGACUUUACCAUUCAAACUGUGCCUUUGCAGCGGCGCGUGGGAUGCACAUUUACCAGCAGAGUGAUCGGAGAAAAUUUUGUAACGUACCCGCACGGAUAUGAAAAUAUUCCCUUUCCUAAAAUCGGCUCGAAGGAAAUGGAUCUCGUAUUUAAUUUGCUUGAGAAAUACACCCCUGCUAUGUUGUAUGAAAACAUUGACGAUGAUGUGGCUCUCGAAUCCUUAGUGGAUUAGCAUAAUUUCUACUAAUUCUGGUUUGCGUAUCUUUAUUUGUGUUAUGGCGUCAAAAAUGGCGUCAAAGUGUAUACUGUGUUCUUUUUGAUUUUCUACU